AUGGUGGGUACUUGUGAGGAGAAGUACGUUUAUCUUGAGGAUUUGAAGCCUUGGGUUGAGAUUCCGAGUAGUUGGGUUCAGUCACAAGGGCCAUUGCUUGCGAUUCGACCGCCUGCGGGGAUUUCAGUGGCUGAAUUAGCGGAGAAGAUGAACGAAGGAUUAAGCUCAGGGAAGAUAGAGAAUAGGGAUAAGUUGAGAGUUUAUUUGAAGGAGGAUUUACCGGAGAGAUCACCGUCGUCAUCGUCGGACCCCUCGACUAAUUUAUGGCCAAAGGCGGGAGGUGGGGGUGGCCUAGGAUUGGAAUUGGGAAAAGAUGAUCCCUUCGAUGCUGCGAACAUCUGGGAAACCGCGGCCAAUCAAGGAUUCCCCGCCGCGGUCUAUUUCUGGGCGGGCGGCGAGGUGAGGAAAGGAUCUUGGAAGUGCCGUGGCGAUUCCUUCUGCCCCAAGUACAACAAGUCCGUUCCUUUCGAGGAGAGGGUGGACGCUGUGCUGAGCUACUUUGAUCUGCCGAGGGAGGAGGUCCCGGUGUUCACGGCGCUGUAUUUCUCGGACCCGGAUGCUCAGGGGCAUGUUUUCGGGCCGGAUCACCCGGAGAUUACGAGGGCGGUGGUGCAUUUGGACAGGGUUUUGGGGAGGUUGAUUGAGGGUUUGGAGGAAAGGGGGAUUUUUGAGGAGGUUAGUAUAAUUUUGGUCGGUGAUCAUGGGAUGGUGGGUACUUGUGAGGAGAAGUACGUUUAUCUUGAGGAUUUGAAGCCUUGGGUUGAGAUUCCGAGUAGUUGGGUUCAGUCACAAGGGCCAUUGCUUGCGAUUCGACCGCCUGCGGGGAUUUCAGUGGCUGAAUUAGCGGAGAAGAUGAACGAAGGAUUAAGCUCAGGGAAGAUAGAGAAUAGGGAUAAGUUGAGAGUUUAUUUGAAGGAGGAUUUACCGGAGAGAUCACCGUCGUCAUCGUCGGACCCCUCGUACGGGUCGUAG